GGCUCAUGUCUAGACUCAUGUCGAUUACGUCGUUUCACAGGUAUAUAUAGGUGGAGGAACUCAUCCGAACGUUCCCAACUCUGGGCUUUCUUUCAUGCAAUACCUUUGAUACCCAAACCAUGGCUCCCAAUACUGAAAUUCGAUCAAUCGAGCUCAGAGAGCCUGUGGAUGUUGCUACUUAUCUUUUUACCAGACUCAAACAAUUAGGUAUCGAUUCCUUACAUGGACUCCCCGGUGACUUCAACCUAGUGGCUCUUGACUAUGUCUCUCAAUGUGGUCUCAAGUGGGUGGGCAAUUGCAAUGAGCUCAAUGCAGGUUACGCCGCAGAUGGAUAUGCCCGUGUCAAAGGCAUAUCGGCCGUCGUCACCACAUUCGGUGUAGGAGAGCUGUCGCUUCCUAAUGCAAUUGCAGGAGCGUAUGCAGAGUUUGUCCCUGUCGUCCACAUAGUUGGGACACCGAGCACCAUCUCUCAGGCCAAUGGAAUGCUUCUGCAUCACACGUUGGGCAAUGGAAAUUUUCAUGUUUUCGCGGAUAUGGCGGCCAGUCUGGCAGUGGACGUGGCCAAACUGACAGAUCCUCGGGACAUUCCAGCUCAAAUCGACCAUGCUUUGGCCGAGUGUUACCUUCGAAGCAGGCCAGUAUACAUCACUCUCCCUACCGACAUGGUUCAGAGGAAGGUUGAAGGCGAGAGGCUGAAGACAAACAUCGACCUCAGCCCUCAUCAGAAUGACCCUGAGAAGGAAGACUACGUGGUCGAUGUCAUCUUGAAGUAUCUGGCCGCUGCCAAAAACCCCGUCAUACUAGUGGACAGCUGUGCUAUUCGGCAUCGAGUGUUGGAAGAGACACGCCAGUUCAUCUUGAAAUCGGGCCUUCCAGUGUUCGUAGCGCCUAUGGGCAAAGGGGCCGUGGAUGAGACGUUGCCUACAUUCGGAGGUGUUUAUGCAGGGGAUGCCUCACAGCCUGGAAUUCGGGAGCGAGUUGAAGGUUCUGACCUUCUUGUGAGCAUUGGAGGUGUCAAAUCAGAUUUCAACACUGCCGGAUUCUCAUAUCGGACUUCACAAUUACGCACUAUCGACUUGCACAGCACCUGGACCACUGUUCGUUAUUCCGAAUACCCAGGUGUGGGCAUGAAAGGGGUUCUUCGCAAACUCACCGCCCAAUUGCCGAAGCUCAAUAUUGUGCCCGGCCCAACACCUCCAGAGAACCUCGUUCCUGCAGGUGAAAGCACGGAAGAUCCGACCAUUACUCACGACUGGCUGUGGCCAACUGUCGGCCAGUGGCUACAGGAAGGUGACAUGGUGGUAACCGAAACUGGUACUUCGAGCUGGGGAUUCUGGGGUGCGAGAUUACCAAAGAACGUCAUAAACAUCAGUCAGAUCUUGUGGGGAAGUAUUGGUUAUGCCACUGGUGCUACUCAGGGAGUAGCACUCGCUGCAAAGGAACUCGGGGGCAAACAUCGAACAAUCCUGUUCACCGGAGAUGGUUCGUUUCAACUCACUGCCCAGGAAGUCAGCACCAUGAUCCGGCAUAACCUAAACCCCAUCAUUUUCAUUAUCUGCAAUGAUGGAUACACGGUCGAACGAUUUAUACACGGCAUGGACGCUGACUACAACGACAUCCAGAAUUGGAGGUACAAGGAAUUGCCCUCGGCCUUUGGUGCCAAAGAAGGCACAUACAAGACAUACCAGGUAAAGACAAAGGCCGACGUGUCUGCUCUGUUCGCGGACGAGAGGUUCUCCAGCGCACCCUACCUGCAACUGGUAGAAGUAUACAUGCCGAAGAAGGAUGGUCCAGAGGCCCUCAAGUUGACUGCGGCCGCCAGUGCUCGGGUCAAUGCUGCAAUGAAAUGAGUCGGGCGAAGCGAGAAGAUUCCGGGCAAUCUUCAGGACGGAUGGGUACACACGUUGUCGGUAAUAGUUUUCUAUGAUGAUAAAUCGAAUGAUAAUUGAUGAUC